AUGCGGAUAGCGGCGUCGCCGGGCAUGGGCGAGGGAACUGACGUGCGGAUUAAGCUGACGGAUGAGGUGUUUGGCGUGGGGGUCGUCACCGGGCAGCGCAACUUUGAUGGGACCUACCCGGUGGCAGGUGGCAUCGCGAGUUCGGAUACAAUCCGUACCGGGUGUUGUCCUACCGUACCCGGUACUGGCACGGAGAUGCCGGGGGGCGCGAGGCGUGGUACGCGAUCAGGAGCUGGCAUGCUCAGAGAGGCAGGCUGUUUUCAGAAUAGACGGCGCGCCCGGCGAGGCUUAUCCCCCGGCGCCCGUUCGUCCCCGGCUCACCGGGGGACGCAUGGCCCAGGCAGGCUCAUGUGGUCGCUCAAGUAUAACGUGAGCGCCUACGUGGGCGGGCUGGAUCGCUGGCCAUCGAUAGAUUUCGGUUUCCGGACCAGAUGGCAUCGGGAGAUGGGGAUGCACUGGGUGGUCGCCGAAGGGCGCCGGGGCACGGUCUACAGGCGGCAGUGGGACCGCGACAUCCUGGACCGGCACGAGGUCUCUGGGCGGGCACUCGCCACAGCGCAGUUGGAGGCGUCGCGGCGGCGCGCGGCUGGAUGGCGCGUCGGCGCCUCAGGGGCGGCGCCGCACCAGCGAGGUGGUGGUGGUAAUCGUCAUGUUUCGUUUUCCCGGGCUUUUGGCCAUGACCUGCCCAGUCAUGUUUUGAGUACCUGCCCGCGGCCCUGGUGGGCGGCGGGCCGGGGGCGGAGCCCCCAGCGCGCACCGCGCGUCUGGAGGUCCGGGCGCAAGCCGUUGGGUUGGAUGUGGCAACGGUUUGGGUUUUCCAUUGAUGCAUUUCUCUUGGGGCUUAGUCCACCCCUGUUUUUGAGUCCCGCGGUUUCGGUCGAGUUGGGUGGCAGGGACCCAAGGUGGGAGACGGGCAUGCCACUUGUGGGGUCAAUCCACGAGCAGCGGGAUGCGUCGCUGUUGGCCGAGAUGGCAAGGGGCAUGCCUCAGGUCCAGGGACUGGCAGCAGCAAUAUCCAGUAGGGCCAGGUGCUUGAGAUCCGGAGCCACAAUCUCAGCGCGCGGUUCAAUCCUAGAGGGCAAGGAUAGCUGGCUGCAGUUCUGCGAGGAGCUCAAAGUGCAUCCCAUAAGGUUGCACGAGCCGACUACUCAGGAUCUCAUCGAGUUCGACACUAUGCUGUACAUCAUGUGCAAGCGGCCAGUGCAAAUUGACCGAGUGUGGUACAAUACACAACGGGAGGCCUACAAGGUCCAGAGGAUCGCGGAGAAGGGCAGGCCUCCGCGACAUGGGAAGCUAGCCUUUAUUCCAGCUCAUUUUGAAUUGAUCCUCAGGAUCUCCGGGCUGGACUGGAACGAGCCUUGGCAUCGCACGUGGUUAACAGCAGCUCAAGUAGCGUUCAAUCUUGGCCUACGGGUCGGAGAGUAUACCCAGCGGAGAGCAGAGGACUUCAAUCCGAACACAGCCUUUAACAUGGCUGACGUGGCCUGGUAUAGGGCUAACGGCCAACCUUUUGACCCGGCAGAAUUUGUAAGGCCAGGAGGCUGGUUGCGUGAUAAUGAUUUCUGUUUGAUCAACGCGAUACCUACGAAAACGGAUAGACUAUUGCAGAAGUUCGCAGAAAUGCAGUUCCCGCUUAAGAACUACGCGGGAAGUCGCACGACGAACGCAUGUCUGGGUUUAGCGAUUCUGGAGCUUCAGCGCAGGGUGUUUAACCCCGAGGAGCGAGCGAAGAAACCACUCUUCGAGAAUCCAAAGACAGGCAAAGCCAUGACGUAUAAUGAGUUUGCAGGCUUCUUUAAGAAGGUCUUGGCAGCUGCAUUGGGCAGCGACCUCGCAAAGAAGUUUGGAACCCAUAGCUUUCGAAUAGGCGGAGCGACUACGCUGAAAGCCCAAGGGCAGCCUGAUCGGACUUGGGGUCCAUCUCAAUCCGGUAUCAUCAAGCGAUAUACCAGUCGAACAGCUGGAUCAGCAGGGCGUGUUGCAGCGGACUGCCCUCACUUCGAGCCAGGCGUCAUGUACGCCAGCUGCGGUGGCGCAGCUACCGCUCAUGUCUAAAGGAGAGGCCCGGCGCGGAGCGCAGCUCUCGGGUGCGCUGGCUGCCUCCAUCCUGACUUCAGGGACGGACUUUGAUUUCGGAAGUUCCAAUGAAGUCGAAGGGCGCUUCGAGCAUUCGGAUGACGAAGAGAGUCUGCCAGAUGU